CCCUCCCAGUGACGUCCUCAUCACAAAGCAGCGAGUCUUUCACAAACACAAAGAGUGCAACAAAGACUAGAGAAAUGUGCAGCCUACCGACACACAAAAUUGUCAUAUAGCUUCAGUUUGGGACCCGCGAGACGGAAUCUACACCGAGACGAGACAACAGAAACCAUAAAAAUAAACCACAAAGCAUACUUCGGAAAAAUUACAUUCAGCUUCCCUAUAGAAAACCUAUGCUAAUCUUCGCAUAUAUAUCAAGCUCAGGUGGUCAUAUUUUCUCCCGUGGUGUCUGUGUGGAGCGUACCACACACCCACUCCACAACAACGACGGCUUUUGCUUGCAUCUUCCAGUGUUUCUUCUGUCAGCAAGUUCAGCAGAGCUGCAACUCAUCCAGCGCCAGCCCAGAAGAACCCAGUGAGGAGCACCACAACUGUGAGAUGGUAAAAAUGACUAAGUCAAAGACCUUCCAGGCUUAUCUUCCCAACUGUCACCGAACCUACAGCUGCAUCCAUUGUCGGGCACACCUCGCCAAUCACGAUGAGCUCAUCUCAAAGUCAUUCCAAGGCAGUCAGGGACGAGCCUACCUCUUUAAUUCAGUAGUGAAUGUCGGUUGUGGUCCAGCAGAGGAGAGGGUUCUUCUAACAGGUUUACAUGCUGUGGCGGACAUCUACUGUGAAAAUUGUAAAACCACUCUGGGCUGGAAAUACGAGCAUGCAUUUGAGAGCAGUCAGAAAUAUAAAGAAGGCAAGUUUAUCAUCGAGCUGGCUCAUAUGAUCAAGGAUAAUGGCUGGGAGUGACUUUAACCUACUUCCUCUGUGCUCAGUGACCUUCAGGCUGCUCUGUCGUGGACUUUGCCGAGUGACACCACACUUGUACACGCACACAAACAAAAAACGCACAGACAUGCAUGCACACACAUCGCCAUCUACCUUGACACAACCAGACAUCUCUACCGGCUCAUCACAAAAACUACAAAGGCAGAGUUGAUGGAACGCGAACAAAGACUUCUGCGGUCACUGAAAGACCCUAUGGGACCUUUUCCGGGAUGUACAUGUCAACACUUUGGGAUUCAAACCUACUCCCUACUGGUUUCGUUGUGCUCGGCCUUUGUGUAACCGCUCAUGUAAGCUGUCAACAGUAUCCAGAAGACACGGUCUCACUUUUUUUCUUUUCUCUUUUUACAUUUUUCUCUCUUUGUGAAUAAGCAGGAGAUGGCGAUGCAUGCGUUUUAGUGUGGAUACUUUCCUUUUUGGCAGGAAUGUCAAAUCCUUGGUGGGACUGAUGUUACUGGUUAGCAUUUUCUCCAAAUCAGACCUGUUUCGAUUGUGCUCUUUUGAUUUCAUGUUGGGAUAGCAACAGACACGAUUGACCUGACAUGUUAUAAGAGUUGGGGUUUGUUAAGGGGUUAGGCUGUGUAGCAGUAUAUCCAGGGAAGGUUUUAGGCGGGGAUUCAGCAUUGCAGUGUCAUGGCAUUUUGUAUUUAUGACGAUCCCUGUGUUUUGUCUUAUUUUAUUUUCGGUUGAAAAGUUUUUUUUCUUCCACGGAUGAUUUCACUGUGCAACUCGUGGGACACUCUGGUACAGCAGUGGCGUCUAAACCCCUACAUGAGCUUUAGUUUGUCGUUUGGUGCUUUUUAUGAGAUUACACAAACAUACGUCUGUUGGCAUUUGUGGCAGGUUCCAUUUUUGCAACCGUACUAUAGGCGAAAGAUUUUGCUGUUUGGAUGCACUGGGCAUUUUGGUGAAAACUGCAAAACCAGUGUCCUCUGAGCAAUGUUUGUGUUAAGUUUUCAUAACCCCCAAGUUCACGCCAAAUAACGAUGACAAGAUUUUACUAAACUAUUGUUGAUGUUAUUAUUACAAUCUUGUGUAUGUUCAUCGAUAUGUGUAAUUUAUGUGUUAAACCACAUGUUUGAACAUGCACAUGCAUGUUAGCUCUGUGUUUUUACAAAUUAUGUUUAAGGCAUACUUGAAUGCAGUUAUUUUGUUUGCACUUUGCAGAGGCCUUGUUCAUGGGUUUAGAGGCAAAAGUCUGUCCAUUUUAUGGCCUUUUCCAAUGAUAAUUUAAUGAUUGUACUAGAUGCUUUGAAUUUGCAGGGUUGGGUGAUUGCUGGCUUGAUCGUCUCCCUCUAGUUUAAAAAAAAAAAAAAAAACAAAUCUGCUGCUUUUGCUUUCUAUCACAGACUUUUAGGCAAACCUGUUCCUUAACACACUAGUAAAUUUGUCCGAUUUGAUUUGUGCAUCAAAUUGAAAAAAAAAAAUCGCCUUUCAAAGAGGAAUCAAAAUACCGUUACAUGAUUCUUUUGCUGCUAAUAGAGUAAAUGCAAUCCCAAGCAUUCACUUUAAAUUUCUUCUGCACUUUACCGGACUGUCUGAGAGCAGCAUCUUUUUUUUUUUUUUUUAGCUUUUAUCUCCACCUCUUUGCCUCUAAGCAGCAUGAAUCUUGUGCCUCUUCAAAUGAAAAAAGAAAUCCCCCAUCUCCUAUGUUGUGCGGCGCAUGACUCCGAGAAAACCCAGUACA